AUGUCCAACUUCGGAAAACCCUCGGGGACUCCCAAAUUACCUUACGAGACAACGUCCUCAGUCGCGGACCAGCUUCCUUCUUCCCAUAGCCUAUCGCCACUGAGCUCGGUGAAGAGCAAUACUAAGCGUCGAAACGACGAACGUGAUACGCGACUCAUAUCUCUUGACAAGCUGAUGGACGGUGCUGCGAUAGCUGACAAUGAUAGGCGCUGGUUCGAGAAGAUCAACAUCGCCGUCCGCGCUAAGAUGAACUCCUCAGCUUACGACCCUUCUCAUGACUUCGAGCACGUUCAACGCGUAAUCAUGAAUGCACAUCGCCUCUGGCAUGCGGAGAAGGAUCGUGAAGUGUUCCGGAACGUCGAUCCCCUAGUUGUCUACGUCGCGGCUAUGGUGCACGAUAUUGGAGAUGGAAAAUACCUCUCGGAUGAGCUAGUCAAGAUGGAAACCGAUGAAGCUGAUCAGGAGCAACAGCGAGAUUUUAUCGAGUCGUUCAUUAGAGAGUCCGCACCCGAGUGCCCGCCGUACAUUUGGGGUCCUGCUUCGCACGUUGCGGCCCUGGUAUCUUUCAUACGCGAGAUUCGAAAUCCGGUUAUGGUCGCCCAACAAUGUGCCGCUUAUCCUGCCCUUCAGCUCGUUCAAGACGCCGACCGUCUCGAUGGCUUAGGCGCAGUGGGCAUCGUACGCGGGGCAGUGUACGGAGGCGUGACUGAGCCACGUGGUACUGGUACGGUCCGACGGGUUGUACAUAUAGCAGACGAGCGUCAUGCUCGAUACCCGGAGAUGAUGAAGACCCGCGCUGGCAAGAAGGAGGCAGCGAAACGCUGGGAAGCCAUGAAGGAGAUCAGGAAUCAGAUUGUGCAGCAGGCGAAUUGCGAGGAUGUGCUCGAGGAGUAUUGA